CACCCCAACAGCUCUCUUUUAUCUUAUCCAUCCAGAAGGAAUAUGGCAUUACAAUCUUUAGCACACAAGCUCCUUCAACCACUCCACAUUUCCCCAACCUUCACAAAACCCUCCACCAUUCAAGCAAGAAGAAAAAACCCUAUAGUCUCCUCCCUCCAUAUCAAAACUAGAAGAGCCAUAGCCCUAACCAUAGCAGCAUCCACCCCACUUCUCUUCCUUCUGUCAAGAAGAGAAGCCAUUGCAGGCUUUGACCUUAGACUGACAGAGCCAGAACAGACCCUUGAAGAAGCCCUGUCCACCAUUGAAGACCAUGCAAAAAGCUUGUUACAAGUGAAGGAAUUGCUGGAGGAAGAUGAGUCCUCAUGGAGAGAAGCUCAGAGAGCCUUGAGAAACAGAUCAGCUCUGCUGAAACAAGACAUUUACACAAUCAUUCAGGGUAAGCCAGGGACUGAGAGGCCUCUGCUGAGGAAGAUGUACUCCACAUUGUUCAAUAGUGUCAGCAGGUUGGAUUAUGCAGCUAGGGAUAAGGAUGUGACACGUGUCUGGGAAUCUUAUGAUAACAUUGUCAUGGCCCUUGAUGAUAUUUUACCCAAAUUAUUACCUUCAAAAUCAUAAAUCAGACAUUUUUGCAGCUAGUCUUCAAUUCAUUUCCCUUUUCUUUUCAUUAAUUAUAAUUAUUGUAAUAGAAUACUAACCCUAAUAUGAGAUGAUGGGAUUUCUUUUGA